UUGUGCCUAAAUUUUUCAACAACCUCCGGCAGCUAGAUACUAUCCAUGCAGCAAAUACUUACGAAAAAAUUAUAAAUAAUAAUCUACGAUAUGUAAGAAAAUACAUUACUUCUCUGUUUAGAAGGUUGAUGAUAUCACGCCACAAUAAAUUUAAAGGCACGAAAUUUAUGUAUUUAUGUAUUUAUUUUCACUGCCCGACGAGAUUUCUUUCAGUUUCUAAAGAUUUUCUUUUCAAUAAGAACUCAAGACAGGAUACGAGGAUUACGUUAUAACACUAAUGAUUUAAUUAUUUCGUUGAAUUAAAAAGAGAUAUAUCUUUUCGUUUUCAAUUUAGAUUGAAAGUCAAACAAUAUAUAAUUUGGAUUUCAAGCGGAUCUAUCACACAAAGGUUGUCGCCAAGUCUUUGUUGAAGGUGAAUUAAAGAAUCGAUCGGGAUAAGUCCUGAAAUUGUCGCAUUCAAUAAACGUGAAAGCCUGGGCAUCUGAGAAAAUUAUAAGGAGCAAACGGGAAAAAGAAUUGCUAUUGUGAAUGUUCGAGAUAUCCGGCUUGUGAGGAAUUGAAUGCGCAGGUUCGAGACCUUGGUUUCGUAGCCCGGGUGGCUGCCCUCAGAUCCCACAGUACCACCGCGAACUCCAUCUCGUCAACAGGUCGCUCGUCGGGUCGAACCGCGCCGCGAAAUUUGGAUCGUGACAAAUAAAAAGAGCCAAACCCGUUAGCCUGUAAGCUAACUCGACUCGAUGAGUUUCCACCGCUAAAGAAUCAAUUCAAAUAACAAAAGUAUAAUGUGAAUAAUAUUCUAAACGACCAAUUAGGGAAAACAAAAUUUUCCAAAGAAAAUGAAAAUCAAAAUUUAAGUGUGUAAAACAUGUGAACCGUGCUUAUAGUAUAGAAAUCUUUCUGAGGGUCGCCGGGCGAGGAGAGAAGAAUGGCAGCAGGUUCGGCGGUGGCGAUGAUCGGGGCGAACCUCAGGUUCGGGAGCGGCGUUGCAGGGAAUUUGACCGGCAACGGAAGCCGAGUAUUCCAAUGUCACCCGGGCGGGGAAACGGAAGCCCUUGUCAUCUUCACCCUCGGAGCGCUCGGCAUAGCCGCCAACAUCGCCCUGAUGGGCCUCAUUCUCGCCAACAAACAUCUAAGAAGGUGGUCGCAGGGUUUGCUGUUUCACCAAGCGAUGGUAGACUGCUGUAGAGCGGGUAUUCUGAUACCACUGGGAAUGAGUAUUCUCCGGUGCGAACCGGUGAAAAAAUGUUCCCUCGUAGAGACCGCCUUCCUCCUCCUCGUCACCGUGUCGACGGUCAACAUGCUCACCACCGUGCUCAACGACUCGCCCGUCUUUCCGGAAGAUGACGAGGAAGAUAAAGACUUAAUGGCACCCCUCCUCAUGGAUUCACCUCAAUGCGUCCUUUUCGGUACUUUUAUGAUAUGGUUCGCGAGCAUAACGAUAAACCUGGGGCCGACCUUCUUAUCCGGUGCCCUCGCGGCCAACUCUGAAGGCAGCCACAAUGCGCCCAGUUGCCCCCUAGUACACGGGCCGUUCAGGCACUACGUUCUCAAUGUUCUAUGGAUAGUCAUCAAUCUUAUUUGCGUUAUUCUGACUCUGUUUCACCUUCACAAGCUGUACAAGGACCUGACGAAGGCGAACGUCGAAGCGGUGCGGGUCGCCGGCCUCGUGACCACCCUCGUCAGUGUGACAGGCGGCGGAGGACUCGGAGGUGCAAACACCGACCCCUCUACACCAUCUCGGACGUUGGGCGCUGUGGAGGAACACAGGAGAAUGCGGAAUUAUAUACAAAGGGUGGAGAGAGAAGGGGUCCAGAGGGUGAAGAUGUUCCUGGUCAUUACAGCAGCAUAUCUACUGUUUUGGGGGCCUUUGUUCUUCGUCACACUCGUCCGCCACCCCGUCAUCGGAAAUCCUUUAGGAUAUGAGAUCACACUUCACGUGGCGUACGUGCACGCCUUCGUGAACCCCAGCCUGUUUCUGGUGCUGCACAAAGGGUUGCGACAGGCGGCCCUGGAGCUGUGCUGCGGCUGCUGCGUCCUUAUCGGCGCCUGGGUGACAAGCCUAACACCCCCUGAGCCCUUACCCGCCCCCAAUUUGCCCCCACCCCCUGCCCCCCCGCUCUACAAACACAAUGCGAGAAACGAGGAUCUGAUGUACGGCGAAGAGGGUUGGAAGGUGGCUCGUGGAUCUCACAACGACUCCGAACCGAUAACGACAGCAAGAUUCUCACCGAGCACCCCGCGACCGUCGAGCACGUCGAGCAGCGACGAGUAGGAGGUGGCCGACCCAGAGAAAAGCCCGAUCUUUGGCGAGAUCGAUGACAGACGAAUUGAAACUAAUUGGUGCAACCUUUUGCUAAACAUAAGGGUGUACGGACCAAAAUUAUAAACUAGAGACGGGUAACUUGAGGUCUCUAAGAAAAAUAGAAUUGCCUAAGGAACAACCUGAUACAUUCAAUUAUUAAACAACCAGCCUGAAAUCUGAAUAAUAUAUAGAUACACGUUAAUGUCGUACCUCAUAUCGAUACCAAAAAAUGUUAUAUGUAUAUAUUCAGAUUUUCAGAAAGUUUAUUUCAAAA